AUGGCUCGGGCCGCCCGGCUCCGCGGCGCGGCCCCACGCGCCCUCCUGCUCCCGCUGCUGCUGCUGCUGCUGCUGCUCCCGCCGCCGCCGCUGUCGGCCCGGGCCCGGCCGCCGGAUGCGCAUGGCCGCCGCCCUGUGACGAGGGGGCCACAGCCUAGGGAUGCACCUCUUCCCAGCAGCCUGGUGCCUGCCCCUGCCACCCAGGAGGCCCCCCGGCCUGCCAGCGGCCCCAGGCCCCCCCGCUGCGGCGUGCCUGACCCACCCGACGGGCUGAGUGCCCGCAACCGGCAGAAGCGGUUCGUGCUGUCUGGCGGGCGCUGGGAGAAGACAGACCUCACCUACAGGGUCCUCCGGUUCCCGUGGCAGCUGGUGCGGGAGCAGGUGCGGCAGACACUGGCAGAGGCCCUGCAGGUCUGGAGCGAGGUGACACCACUCACCUUCACUGAGGUGCACGAGGGCCGAGCCGACAUCAUGAUCGACUUCACCAGGUACUGGCAUGGGGACAACCUGCCAUUUGACGGGCCUGGGGGCAUCCUGGCCCACGCCUUCUUCCCCAAGACCCACCGAGAAGGGGACGUCCACUUCGACUAUGACGAGACCUGGACUGUCGGGGACAACCAGGGCACAGACCUGUUGCAGGUGGCAGCCCACGAGUUUGGCCAUGUGCUAGGGCUACAGCACACGACAGCAGCCAAGGCCCUGAUGUCCCCUUUCUAUACCUUCCGCUACCCACUGAGCCUCAGCCCAGACGACCGCAGGGGCAUCCAACACCUAUAUGGCCAGCCCCGGCCUGCCCCCACCUCCAGGGCCCCGGCGCCAGGUCCCCGGGCUGGGAUGGACACUAACGAGAUUGCACCGCUGGAGCCGGAAGCCCCACCGGACGCCUGCGAGGCUUCAUUCGAUGCAGUCUCCACCAUCCGGGGCGAGCUCUUCUUUUUCAAGGAGGGCUUCGUGUGGCGGCUGCGCGGGGGCCGGCUGCAGCCUGGCUACCCGGCACUGGCCUCUCGCCACUGGCAGGGACUGCCCAGCCCUGUGGACGCGGCCUUCGAGGAUGCCCAGGGCCACAUUUGGUUCUUCCAAGGCGCCCAGUACUGGGUGUACGACGGUGAGAAGCCAGUCCUGGGCCCCGCACCCCUCUCUGAGCUGGGUCUGGUGGGAUCCCCGAUUCAUGCUGCCUUGGUCUGGGGUCCCGAGAAGAACAAGAUCUACUUCUUCCGAGGCGGGGACUACUGGCGUUUCCAUCCCAGCAGCCGGCGUGUGGACAGUCCCGUGCCCCGCCGGGCCACCGACUGGCGAGGGGUGCCCUCUGAGAUUGACGCUGCCUUCCAGGAUGCCGAUGGCUACGCCUACUUCCUGCGCGGCCGCCUCUACUGGAAGUUUGACCCUGUGAAGGUGAAGGCUCUGGAAGGCUUCCCCCGCCGCGUGGGCCCCGACUUCUUUGGCUGUGCCGAGGCUGCCAACACUUUCCUCUGACCACGGCUUGGGUGUCCCCAGGGGUGUUGACCCCUGCCAGGCCAUGGAUAUCAGGCUAGAGACCCACAGCCAUCUUUGUGGUUGUGGGCACCAGGCAUGGCACCAAGCCCAUGUCUCCUCAGGGGGGUGGGGUGGGGGUGCAAUCACCAUGACAACUGCAGGGAGGGCCACGCAGGUCGUGGUCACCUGCCAGCGACCGUCUCGGACUGGGCAGGGAGGCUUUGGUUUUACUUAAGAGUGAGGGCAGCCUGGGACCAGUGCCACCCCACCUGUGCAGGUCCCGGUCAAACCUGGCUGCUUUCCGUCUCCGUCCCUGCCUCUCAGGGCAGGACCUUGGCAGGGCUGAGGGAACUGGAGUGUCCUCACUCAUUCCCUGCUGUGAGGUUCCUGCCAGGAGCUGGCGCUGGAGCAGUGGAGCCAGGCCCCCAAGGCCUUCAGCCCUGGCCGAGCAACUGGGCCACGGGGAAGGGCCCUCUCCUGAGAAGUCAGCUCUGGGUAGGUGCUUACAUCUGGCUGUCUUCCAGCUGGUGAUGCUGGAGCUCUGUUCUGCAGGGUGCAAGCCAAAAGGUCCACAGCCAGCUGGGGCGUGGGUAGGGGGGUGCUUCUUGCAGGAGACCCCAGGCUCUGGAGACCCCAACAUACCUCAAUCCUGUCCCAGGCCGGAUCCUUCUGAAGCCCUCAUCCCAGCACUGCUAUCUUCCAAAGCCAUGUAAAUGUGUGUACAGUGUGUACAAAGCUUUUUUUUUUUUUUUUACUGAGGACCGUCAUUAAACACAGUUGUUU